CUGCUGAGAAGAGUUGUUGAUUUUAUGUUCUUUUUUUUGUUGUUAGUUUUUUUAUGGUCUCGUAGCAACGGUUGAAAAGACAACAACGCCAAACUUUUUCGUUUUAUUUGUGGAGAAGCAUGUCCAACAGAACUGCAGCAAUGCCUCGAGACCCGUAUCCUUUCCCCAAAUACGAGAAUGGUCACACUUUUACCGGAAGUAAACCAUGCCAGAAACUGCCCUUCACUAAGCCCACACACAUCGCACAGCAAGAGGAGCCGUGGAGCCGUUUAAACGAUAGUCUGACUUUAUCCAGCAUGAGGAGAAGUGUCCUGUUCUAUAAAGUGGCGCCUCAAGACAGCCUGGACCUCCAUCUCAGCGCUGUGUAUGAUAAUCACGUGGAUUUCCUUCGUAAUAAGAAUGAAACUUUGCUCCAGAGAGAGACUGUGGUGGGAGAUCGUGGGGUUAACAAAGAAGACGCACCAAAAGAUGACGGUAUGAAAUUAAAUGUGUGGGUAAACCCCCAGAAAGCUUCUAUUUACAGCACAGAGGGAGCGAUAGAGUCUCACCACAUCGCUUCUACAAACCAAGGCUACUCCAGGAAACAUGAUGGUGGAUUUUACUCAACUUGACGCCCAAAGCUGCAGCCUUUUUAAUCCAACUCACACCAAAUGAGUACUGGUACACAAUGAAAUAAAAAAAUCGAAUCAA